GUCUUCAUUUCAUCAAGCGCUCAAAAUUCGAAAAGCCCAUAGCCUAUAGCCAUAUACACACUUCCUCUAUUUCUUUAGAAACAAUGGCUUAUGCAGCAUACUCUUCCCAUCAGCAACAUGUUUACUAUGGUGCUCAACCAUAUGAUCAUGAGGAUUUCGGUGACAGCUUUGGGUCUCAUCACUACAGUAAUAGCAUGCAAGCUUGCCCACAAGUCUCUGAGAGUAACUACUACAUUACCAGUGAUCAAGAAUGUGGGAAACCUGCUGCGAAACCUGCUGCUAAGUUACAGCAGGUUCAAGCCCCUUGCAGUGGUGACUAUGUUCGCACUAAUAGUAAUAAGCAACAGCAUGGAAUGAUGAGCCCUUUCUCACCAUCAGGGAUGUUACCAUCUGCUUUCCCAAAAGGGACUAAUCCUGAAAUUGUGAAAUGUUUUCAAAUGGUUGAUCAAGACAAAAGUGGAUUCAUUGAUGACAAGGAGUUGCAAAGAGCUCUGUCUUCUGUUCAGCAAAGCUUUAGCAUUCGUACUAUUCAUCUUCUGAUGCAUCUCCAUACUAAUAAUCCCAAGGUUCGCCAGUUAGGGCCAAAGGAAUUCAUUGCUGUGUAUCAGUCUCUUAUGAAUUGGAGGGAAACUUUUCAACGAUUUGAUACGAACCGAAGUGGGAAAAUUGAUUCUUGCGAGUUACAGAGGGCUCUAGGAGCGCUUGGUUUCAAGGUUUCUCCAGCCAUCAUGAAUUUGCUCAUUUCGAAGUAUGAUAAAACCGGGUACAAAAAGAAGGGCCUUGAAUAUGACAGUUUCAUAGAGUGCUGCCUCACCGUUAAGGGACUCGCCGAGAAGUUCAAGGAACACGAUAUUUCGUGUACUGGAACUGCAACUUUCACGUACGAGGAAUUCAUGGUGGCAAUUUUACCCUUUUUGAUGAUCUAAGUUAUUCGAGUGCUGCUGAAUUAUUAUGCAUGUGUUAGCCAUGCAUUUCUAUGUGUUUCCUUUGACAAAGGACUGCUAUGUACCUGCUUAUGUUAUAAUACAGUGUAUAAUGUGGUAUUGGAUGAGUUAAUAAGCUCGCAGUUGUAAUAUAUACAACAUUAUGUAUUUGAACUUGCCAUGUCUCCAAAAUAGCGUAAGAAGAAAAUGCAUGUAAUAUAUAUAGUAUAUAUAAUAAUAAUGUCAGGAUGUUCAUCCUCUCUCAAUAUAUAUAGUGUCUUUG